CUGUGAAUCUUUUACAAGCACUUCGCCUCUUCUAACUCACUCAAAAUUCGUAUACGAUAGCUGAACAAAAUGGCAGCGUACAAAACAUCAUGGGCGGACGAUGUGGAUGAGCUCGAGCAGCCCAAGGUCGAAGAUUUCGUGGAUGAGAACGGGAUCAGGACAACAAUCGAAUAUGCCAUCAACGAUGAGGGGAAGAAAGUCAAGAUCACAAAGCGGAUAAAGCGCACCCUCCAGAAGUCUUUAGUAGAACACGCUGUCGCUGAACGCAAAACAUGGGCGAAGUUUGGGCAUGAGAAGGGAAACAAGCCGGGUCCCGAUCGCGCCACAACAACUGUAGGCGAAAAUGUUACUCUCAAGUUGAGCGCUGGGAACAAGGCGCGUCUGUCAUUCAUUUCCUCCGAACCAGAACCCUCCGCAGAGUCCACAGUAAAGCAGAAUCUCGCAAAAGCUGGUGCAGGGAAAGUCGUUUGUCGAUUGUGUAAAGGCGACCAUUUCACCGCAAAAUGUCCUUACAAGGACACCCUGGCUGGCCUCGAAGAGGCUCCCCCUGCUGCAGCCCUCGGCGGCGACGACGAUGGCGACUCACCUGCUCCUGCUGCCGCACCAUCAGCAGGCGGCCCAAGCAAAUAUGUUCCACCUUCCAUGCGUGCUGGCGCUCGCGGUCCUGGAGAGUCGAUGGGCCGACCAGGUGGUGCAGGCAAUCGCGACGACCUUCCUACUCUGCGCGUUACCAAUAUCUCCGAAGAUACGCAAGAGAACGACCUCAGGGACUUGUUCGGAACUUUCGGUAGGGUGGCGAGAGUAUACGUUGGGAGGGACAGGGAGACGGGUAUUGGGAAGGGCUUUGCCUUUGUCAGCUUCGAGGAUAAGAGCACGGCGCAGAAAGCUAUGGACAAGAUGCAUGGCAGAGGUUACGACAGUUUGAUCUUGAACGUGCAGUGGUCCCAGCCGAGAGAGCAGAAGUAAGGUCUGGUUGCUUCUCAUUGAUAUGCGAUUUAUAUGUGUUGUGUGUACUAUGCGCUGUACAACACCUCUCGGACGUUAUACCAAUAUAGCGUCGGCUCCUAGCUGCUUUGAUCAUG